UCAGACAACACAGGUACUGGCAUCAGACAACACAGACACUGGCAUCAGACAACCCAGGUUUUUGCGUCAAGAUGACUUCCUUUGUUUUGUCCACCUUCUUCUUUGUCUCUUUGGUUUCAUCGGUUGCUGCCGUCGAUCCCGCUGACCUCAAACUGCAAACCACCGACAGAACUGAAGAUGUACAAUUCUCCGUACUGAACCCAGCACCAAAGGACAUCACCUCUAACAGAAAAAUGCAAACAGAUCAAUUUCUUCUGUCAUCUCCUAUGUCAAGACAGAAGAGACAGGCUAGAUCUUCCACCUCAACCCUGAAAUGGGUUCGUAUGCGUUCUGGCAAUUCUCUCCCUAGUGGAGCUGUUUAUAUUUACAACACCUACGGAAAACGCUAUGACUACGUCUGCAAAUGCGGUUGUCAAGCCGGUUACUAUGGUCGAGGUAAAUUGUGCCGCUACCCCGGUGUUGCCAAAGUGUUUACAUGCUCCCAGUUUGAGAUCCUGGUGAACAAAGACAACUUUGAAGUUUUGGAAUGGACAUCCAGCAGCAACGGUAAAGUGCCUCAGAAUUCAGUCAAGACCUGCUCCAACCAAGACAUAUAUGUUGGAAAGAACGUUUAUGGUCUUGGGAAGGUGCAAGUUAGACAUAAGCACUUCUUUCUUCCCUGGUACGGUACCUUGUAUAAGUACGCUUCCUACCAGGUCCUGACCUUUAACAAGAAAAUUUCCAGAGAGCACAUUUCUGAUGUCAAGUACAACAUUAAGGCAGCUAAAAUAACCGGUUAUAGCCCAAAGAUCAUGGUCAAGUCUUCCAUCGUCAAUAAUCAGUGGAUCGCAUUUAUGAAAACAAUUACGUUUUCAAAAAAGUAUCAGGAGGAGAAAAGGUGGGGCACUAGCAUUGCCAUCACGGCUGGUGUCCGUGCUAGCAUCACUGCCGGAAUCCCAUUCUUCAGCUCGGCAGGUUUUAAGGUCAGUGCUGUGACAACAAAGCAAUGCUCCAGUGGGAGCACCAUGAUGAUGUCGAAAACCCUCUCUAUGAAGGAGGACGUACCUGUCCCAGAAGAGCACUCCUGCAUUGUCAGUCUUUGGGGACAUAGGUACAAGAUAAAAGUGCCUUUCACAGCACGGCUUAGUCGCACCUACCGCAACGGGGUAACCAGACGAACAUCCAUCUCUGGGAUGUACAGCGGUGUCAACGUUGCAGGCUUCAGUGCUGUUGUGGAUCGCUGUGAUCCUUUAUCCGAUGCUCAGCAUUGAAAGAAAAAUGGAAGAGUCCUUAAAGGGGACCUAUUAUGCUCAU